AUGUCUAUAUUUUUACGGAUUAAACGUCCAAAUACUGAUUGUCCUAGUCAAAUCUGUGAAGCACAAAAUCUUAUAAAACGUCCUAAAGCUGACUUACAAUCAAUUCAAUUUAAAUAUAUCGGUAGUCAAACUUCAAAUUGCUCAUUAAUUGGUAAAAUCGACAAAGUAUACACUUCCUCCGAAAAGUUAUGUAAGAUUAUAUGUAAUACUUCAGAUGCUACUGUUGUCGGAGAAAAUCAAACAGUCAAGUGUCAGAUCAAAGUAAAUAAUCUAAAACGUCCUGCUAUUACUGCUGAAAUUUCAAUGAUUUCAAUAAUCUUAAUAUUGAUUCAUCCAAAGUAUCUAUUGGUCCAAAUCCUCCAAAAAUUUUCAAAAUUAUUGAAUUAA